UGGUGGCGGUGGGGCGGAGACCCGCCUGCGCAAGUCAAGGCCGACCGAGCACGCCCGGCCCCCGGCUGCAGAGAGGCUGAAGCUCUGGGCCACCCAGGGUCGGGGGCUGGUGCGCUCCGGAGGCGAACUCGGGGAAGGGGCUACCUCCGCCACCCACCGCCACCUCCGAGAUCGCCAGCCGCUCGGGCGCUUCCGCCUUCUUCUGGGGGGGGCGGUGGAGGGGAUCCUCGGCUGCUCCUCGGGGAGCCGAGGGGCGGGUGUGGACUGGCCCGGAGCGGGUCUGAGCCUGUAGCCUAGACGGGCAUCCCCCUUGGCUUCCAGAGUUGGGGACACGCCCAGCCAGAGACGCGGGGCAGGGCGGAUGAAGCCGGAGAGCAGCAGUGCCUAGGGGCAGCGAGAGCCCCUAAGCUACCUGCAGAAAAAGAUGCCUGCCUUCGACAGAUCGUGCGUCCUGGCUUCCCUCUUGCUCAUCUACGGGGUCAGCGUCUGCUUCCCUGUGUGUGUGGAAGUGCCCUCGGAGACGGAGGCUGUCCAAGGCAACUCCAUGAAGCUGCGCUGCAUCUCCUGCAUGAAGAGGGAGGAGGUGGAGGCCAGCACCGUGGUGGAGUGGUUCUACAGGCCCGAGGGCGGUAAAGAUUUCCUUAUCUACGAAUACCGAAACGGCCACCAAGAGGUGGAGAGCCCCUUCCAGGGGCGCCUGCAGUGGAACGGGAGUAAGGACCUGCAGGAUGUGUCCAUCACUGUGCUCAACGUCACGCUCAAUGACUCCGGCCUCUACACCUGUAACGUGUCCCGGGAGUUUGAGUUUGAGGCGCAUCGGCCCUUUGUGAAGACCACGCGGCUGAUCCCCCUCCGCGUCACCGAGGAGGCCGGAGAGGACUUCACCUCCGUGGUCUCAGAGAUCAUGAUGUACAUCCUGCUGGUCUUCCUCACCCUGUGGCUGCUCAUAGAGAUGGUUUAUUGCUACAGAAAGGUCUCAAAGGCCGAAGAAGCCGCGCAGGAAAACGCGUCUGACUAUCUUGCCAUCCCUUCAGAGAACAAGGAGAAUGCUGCGGUCCCAGUGGAAGAGUAGAAAAGAAGCAGUUACAACAUGAGGUAGGUGGCAUGAAAACUGAGAGACUGGAUCUCCCAAGUUCAGUGAUGUCAACAGCAUCAGGAGGGUGCGGGCCCCAUCACUUCCCUUCCUGUAUCCAUCCUGCACUUCAUUCAUCCACACAUCUACCC